AUGUCAGGUCUCCAACAUGACGGCAUGCAUGCCGAUGACGAUAACAGCAAAGCCUCGAUCGAAAAAGGCGAGCAUCGUCGAUCUAGUGAUAUACAUUGCGAGGAACCCUUUGGCAAUGAAGAGCAUGCCGAAACCAAGUAUCGAACGCUACUAUGGUGGCAAUGUGGUAUGAUUAUGAUCGCGGAAACCAUUUCCCUCGGCAUACUCUCGCUUCCAUCAGCUGUGGCAGUUCUAGGUCUUGUUCCGGCCGUCAUUCUCAUUGUUGGACUCGGAGGCGUUGCAACUUACACCGGAUAUGUGAUCGGUCAAUUCAAACUUCGAUAUCCGCAAGUACACAGCAUGGGAGAUGCUGGGGAGGUGCUCUUUCGUCCGCUUGGAAUACCUCGCUUCGGUAGGGAAUUCCUGGGGACAGCCCAGCUUCUAUUUCUCAUCUUCAUCAUGGGAAGUCAUAUUUUGACAUUUACUGUGAUGAUGAAUACGUUGACAGAUCACGGCACUUGCUCAAUUGUAUUUGGCAUCGUUGGUCUGAUUGUUUCAUUUGUCUUUGCCUUGCCUCGGACUUUGCGCAAGGUUUCUUGGUUCUCCUUUGCUUCCUUUGCAAGUAUUAUCGCAGCACUCCUGAUCACCAUGAUCGCCAUUUCUAUCCAACGUCCGGGUGACGGCAAGGUCGACGCGACUACGAGUGUCAGCCUUGCAAAGGGGUUUAUGGCUGUGACAAAUAUUGUCUUUGCUUACGCUGGCCAUGUGGCAUUUUUUGGAUUCAUUUCUGAGAUGAAGAUACCAACUGAUUACCCCAAGACUCUAUACAUGCUCCAAAUAACUGAUACUAGUCUGUACGUGGUCGCGGCCGUCGUGAUAUACAUCUACGGAGGAAGGGACGUCAAAUCACCAGCCCUCAGUUCGACAAGCCCCAUAACGGCUAAGGUUGCAUAUGGCAUUGCGAUUCCAACGAUCGUCAUCGCCGGUGUUAUCAACGGUCAUGUCGCGUCGAAAUACAUAUAUGUCCGCAUUUUCAGGGGUUCAGAUCAGAUACAUCGGCGUUCUUUUCUCUCCAUCGGGACUUGGAUCGGAAUGACAGCUUUGCUUUGGAUCAUAGCCUGGAUAAUUGCCGAGGCAAUCCCCGUUUUCAACACCCUCUUGAGCCUUAUCACCGCGCUUUUUGCCAGCUGGUUUACCUAUGGUCUCAGUGGAAUAUUUUGGUUGUUCAUGAACCGUGGCCGGUAUGGGGAAUCUUGGAAAAAGAUCCUUCUCACGGGUAUCAAUUUGGUGAUUGUCGCAAUUGGGGCUUGCUUAUGCGGAAUGGGUUUAUGGGUCUCUGGCAAGGCACUUCAUGAUGAUACAGGCGGUGCUAGCUUCUCGUGUGCUGAAAGUAACGGAUGA